GACAGAAAACAAAAUCCAAAACCUCAGAUUUAGCAUUCAAUCGAUUUCUCCGGCGAACGACUCGCAAGUAGAAUGACGACACGAAUAGCUCCAGGAGUGGGAGCUAAUCUCCUGGGCCAGCACUCAGCUGAGAGGAACCAAGAAGCUACUGUUUACGUCGGCAAUCUCGACCCCCAGCUUUCUGAAGAAUUGCUCUGGGAACUGUUCGUGCAAGCAGGCCCUGUUGUUAACGUCUACGUUCCGAAAGAUAGGGUGACAGGUCUUCACCUAGGAUAUGGAUUCAUUGAGUUCCGUAGCGAGGAAGAUGCUGACUAUGCAAUUAAGAUUCUUAACAUGAUUAAAAUCCAUGGCAAGCCUAUUCGUGUUAACAAGGCGUCUCAAGAUAAGAAGAGUUUGGAUGUUGGUGCCAACCUUUUCAUUGGCAAUCUUGACCCUGAUGUGGAUGAGAAGAUCUUGUAUGAUACUUUCAGCGCCUUUGGUGGCAUUGCUUCUAAUCCCAAGAUAAUGCGAGAUCCUGAUACUGGCAACUCGCGAGGUUUCGGUUUCAUCAGCUAUGACUCCUUUGACGCUUCUGAUGCUGCUAUUGAGGCAAUGACCGGACAGUAUCUGUGUAAUCGACAAAUCACAGUCUCUUACGCGUACAAGAAAGACACCAAAGGAGAGCGCCAUGGUACUCCAGCAGAGAGGCUUUUGGCUGCCACAAAUCCAAUUACCCAGAAAAGCAGACCCCAUACUCUCUUCGCAAGCGGCCCGCCAACGCAUCCCAAUGCUCCUCAAGCUAAUGGUAUUCCACGUCCCUUUGUCAAUGGCGGCAUGCCACCUGUUUCUAUCCCAGGACCCCGUCCAACACCACCGCCACCACCUCCACAAGUCUACCAAACUCAGCCACCACCAUCUUGGCAACCUCAGCAGCAUCAACAACAACACGGCUUAGCUGUUCCACCGCCCAUGCAAUUCCGUCCUACUCAGGGAAUGCCGCCGCCACCACCUCCCCAGUUUCUUCAUCACCAACAAGGUUUCGGCGGUCCAAGGCCACCACCACCACCGCCUCAAGCCAUGGGAAUGCACCAACAUGGAUGGCCGCCGCAACACAUGCAGCAAGGUGGGCCACCACCGCCGCAACACAUGCAGCAAGGUGGACCGCCGCCGCCCCAACACAUGCAGCACCACCAUCCUCACAUGUCUAUGCCUCCACCACCACCACCACACCAAGGCUGAGUGUUGGGCCAUUCGCAAACUAGACAGGAGAUAGAAAAUACAAUAUGCUAUAUUUUUCUUGAUGUCUGGUCUUUGAUUCUCUGCAAGAGAGAGAGAGCGUGGAAAUUAGUGCGCAUGUCUGGUUUCUAGUGUUCAUGUUCUGUUGCAGAAUACCUGAUGCCGUGUGCUUUGAUUUUUACCAAAACACUUUGCUGUUAAAAUCUCAGUUAUUACUUUCUGAAUUCUGACCCUUCAGGUUCCUUUUA